AUGCGAGAACUUUUCAGUGUAAUAUUAAUAUUUUGCCAUCCCUCAGAUGCUUCAAGUCUUUGGACUAAGUAUAAGGACGAUUUUUCAGACGAUAUUCGGCGACAAUAUUAUAGACAACAUCUAGAAAAUAAUAUAACAGACAGUGAACUUUAUAAUAAGUGUUUGGUAUUAAUUGAAGACUUUGUUUUGAAUCUAGGUGGAAAUAACUUAAAAGAAUAUGGUUUGCCAACUCCUACAAGAUCUGGUGGACUUUUAGAAAAUAGAGAAUAUUUAAAAGAAACAAGCUAUGAUUUAAAUGCUUUACAGGAAAUUGUUUUGCAGAAUGAACCCUCUUUGACUGAGGAACAGAGGAUUGUUUACAAACAAACUUUAAAUAGUAUCAAAUUAAAUUUAGGAAAAUGUAUAUUUUUAGACGCUCCUGGUGGAACUGGUAAAACCCACUUAAUCAAUAUACUUUUGGCUAAAGUAAGAAGCUCAUAUGGGAUUGCAAUUGCAGCUGCAUCAUCAGGAAUUGCUGCUACGCUUUUACAUGGAGGAAAAACUGCUCAUUCUGCUUUCAAGUUGCCACUCAAUCUGAACACCAUCGAGAUUCCAACGUGCAAUAUUAAUAAACAAUCUAAUAUUGCAAAUGAUCUGAAAAAAUGCAAGCUCAUAGUUUGGGAUGAAAGUCCAAUGUCUCAUAAGAAAGGCUUUGAAGCUUUAAACAACUGUCUGAAGGAUCUAAGAAAUUCAAAUUUAUUAAUGGGAGGAGUCACAGUACUGCUAGCUGGAGACUUUCGACAAACUCUACCAAUCGUACCCAGAGGAACUCGAGCUAAUGAAAUCGCAGCAUGCAUCAAGUCUUCAUAUUUGUGGCCUAAAAUAGAAAAAUUUUCUUUGACCAAAAAUAUGCGAGUACAUUUAAAAGGAGACAAGACUGCUGAACAGUUUUCUGAGCUACUCUUAAAAAUAAGAGAAGGAAAAUAUCCAGAAUGUGAAGAAAAAAUUACUUUGCCAACAGGAUUAGGUACUGUUGUUAAUACUUUACAAGAACUUACAUACAAAAUAUAUCCUGGCAUCGAAAACCUCAAAGAAAUAUCAAUAGACUGGUUAUGUGAGAGGGCCAUUUUGACAUCAAAAAAUGAUACAGCAGGAGAAAUAAACAAAAUAUUAUUGGGCUCUUUUCAAGCAAAAAAAAUGGAAUACAGAUCGGUGAAUUCGGUGCUGGAAAUAGAUGAUGCAGUUAAUUAUCCCGUAGAAUUUCUCAAUUCACUCAACCCUCCUGGAUUCCUACCACAUUUAUUAACAUUAAAAAUUGGUACUCCUAUAAUGCUUCUAAGAAAUCUUAGCCCACCAAAAUUGUGCAAUGGGACUCGUCUACGUAUUACUGAUCUUCAAAAAAAUCUGAUAGAAGCUCAAAUUAUGACUGGAUUUACAAAAGGUGAAUCAGUUUUUAUUCCUCGCAUACCAAUGAUACCAUCAGAUUAUCCAUUCCAAUUUAAGAGAAUGCAGUUUCCUGUCAAAGUAUGUUUUGCUAUGACAAUAAAUAAAUCACAAGGACAAACCUUGAAAAUUGCAGGGAUCGAUGUAAGAGAAGAUUGUUUUUCACAUGGGCAAUUUUAUGUGGCAUGCUCCAGAGUCAGUAUGCCCACAAAUUUAGUUAUUUUGGCACCAACAGGAAAAACAUCAAAUGUAGUUUAUAGAGAAAUUUUGUAA